AUGGCCAGCACAAAUAGUAAAUUUAUAUGUGAGGGAUGCGGGCGGUCGUUUGAGCACUGUAAUGACUGCGAGCAAUUCUUCAACACUCAAUCGAAUGCUACCGAAUACCUUUGCAAGGGAUGUGGAGUUCCGUUCGAGCAAUGUGAGCAGUGUAAUCUAUCGUUCAACUCCCAAGAAAUAUGUGAAGCAUCAAAUAGAAGAGCUCCUAAAAGAGUUGAUGAGCAACAGCAGCAGCAACAACAAUAUGUCUGCGACCAAUGUCACUUGAUGUUCCAGAGCGCGGCGAGACUGGCAGGGCACAGGCGAAGUCAUCAUCGUGAGCAAAUCGGGACGUUGCAGGGUGGCAUCCAGCAGCUGGCGACGUGUUUUCAAGGAAGCGUAGCCCGUUACAAAAUGUUUGGAAGCCACUUCGAAUGA